AUGGAUUGGAAACAUCUCUUAUCGCUAUCACCUCACAAUUUGGAUGACAUCCGCAAGGAUGGCGCGGCACAGGAAAUUACAAACAUACCGACCGACCUCAAGAUGGACGGCAAGAGCUGCAAAAAGCUGUUCCGCCUGGCGCAGGUUGCUUUGAAGUUUCGCAACGAGCAGGUGCAACAUUUGCAGGUGAAGUUAAUGGAAGGUAAAGAAGACCAAGGGAGCCAGGAGCGGCUGCAGGACUGGAAAAGGACGAUCGAGAAGCUGGAACUGGAACGGCACACGAUGCGUACGAAGCUGAAGCAGUUAACGGACGAGAAUGCCAAGCUACUGGCACGGCAACAAGCCGAGGCAACCCAUUUCGGUAGCGAGGGGGAGGAUUCCCCCGAUGCCCUUUCGGAAAUAGAGCGGCAGCAGGAACUGUACAACAAUAUCAGCAUGAAAAACAAGCACAUCAAACGAUUGCUACGGGAUAUAGACGAUCUUGAAAAGCGGAACAGCUUCCAGGUGGACGCGAUCAAUGAGUUGCAGGUUAGUUUGAACGAUGCCACGCUGAAUCUCACCGCACUCACCCAUCAGUACGAGGAGCUGAAGGCCCGAUCAAAGGAGCUAGAGGAUUCGAUCGAAAUUUCUAACGAAAAGCUCGAAACGCUGGAAGGCAAAAUAGCUCAAGUUACUCAAGAACGGUCAGCACUGGCGGAAGAGCUGGACACCGCGAACAGGCAGCAUGAGUUGCAAUUAAGCGAGUUGCAAAGGCAGCUUAAAAGCAAGGAGGAAGCAUGGCUGGAGCUAAAGGACCGGUACGACGAUCUACUAAGCCAGUUUCCGGGUAUAGACAUCGAAGCGGAGCGACGGGAGUACAAGCUGAUGGAGGAACGGUUGCAGCAGAAGGAUGAGGUCAUCAUCGAUCUGGAGGAUAAGCUGUUAACUCUUUCCAAAGAAAUUUAUCGAUCGACGGAAAUGAUGAAUCGUAUUAGUGAGGAGAAACGGCGGGCUAGCAAAGAAAAACCAAAAGAAAGCCAAUGUUGUAACGAGUUCCGGGUGCAGCUCGAGCGGGCCAACGAACGGUGUCGUGAAAUGCAGGAGCUACUCACUGGUAUUGAGGAGGACAAUUGUCUCAAGUCUCGUCAGGCCGUCGAGGCGAUCGAAGCACUGAGACGGUACGAAAAUGGUGAAGAAGGGCUAUCGAGUGCAUUGCGUAAAAUCAAUCGACUACAGGAGAAGGUGAGCAAACGGGACAAGCAAAUUCGGGAGUUGAUUGCGGAGAUAAAUUUGGCGCACGAUAUCGCCCUGGAGAAUAGUGUGCUUCGGCAACGUCUUGGUCUGCCCGAUGAUGAGGUUGUGGCUACAAGCUCCAUCUUAGCACAGCAGAAGAGAAUUUCAAAGGUAAACGAACGACUUGCGAUGAAACUGCGUGCAUCGGAAGAGAUGAGGCUGCAGCUUAAGCUGGAGAAAAACGAACUCAAACGGAAGCUCGCCUCGUUGCGACAAUCUCCAAGCGAGACAGGCGAGGAUGGUGAAAACGCGAUCCUCGGUGAGGCGCUGGUGAAGUUCUGUGAAAAAUGCAUGAAACAAUAUAAUGUACAGGACAGCGUACGGCACUGCAAAGCCUGUAGGUUUCGACAGAGCUUCAACUACUGCGACACGUGCGUCGGGCAGUUGAAGAUGAACUUUGAAGACAAUCCAGAAAACCAACAAAUUCCGAUAGAUCCUACAGAGAAGUCUACAAAGUACCAUCGCAUGCUUGAGUUGGAAAAGUUAUACGCUACAGUGGUGGAAGAGAACGAGAACCUUCGUAUCGGGAUGCACGAGAUACUGCAGAAGCUGCGUGAAUAUGAUGCGAUGUCGGAACGGUUAACCAUCGAUACAUCCCUGCUGGAGAGGAUUUUGAACGCCCUCAACGAUCGUCCGGUCUCUGCGUGGUACCAUUCGACGGUGAGGCUGCAGAACGAGCUACGAGAAAGGGAUAUGCUUUUAAAGGAGCGGCUCGGUCCAACGGGUGCAUCGGAUUCGGGACGGAAGAGUAAGAGCGUUCAGUCGACGGAAAGUGUGAAUGAUUCGGGCAACGUAUGCAAUGAGGAUGAUAACUCGGAAACAAUCGAUCCUUUGGUCGAGCAGGACCAGGGUGAUUUCAGCGAGCAAGUAUUGCUAAAGGCAGUAGAGAUCGAUCGUUUAACGGAGGCAUUGGAUGAGCUACGGAACGAGAAUGAGCGAUUACUUGCGCAGCAUGACGAGCUGAAGGUUACCGAAACACUCUACAACGAGCUGUUGAGCAUGACCAAAGCAUCGGAUAGCGAAAAGGACCGUAUGCUGGUGCAAACGUUCGAACGCUUGAAGAGCAUAGAAUCGGGUGUUUGUGCUUUGCAGCGGAAAGUCGACUACUUAAAGUCCGACAACGACAACUUGCAGAAUACCAUGCGGACAAUCAAAAGCGAACAUCUGGAAUUACUGCACACGUUACGUUGCCAGCUUGCCCGGAAGAACAGCGAAUUAAAACAACGCCAAUCCGUUGAAGGCUCUCAUCAAAACUCGGUGGAUAGGGUAGAGAGUGACUCGAUCGAAAAGCUGGAAGCGGAGCUGGCACGCAUGAAGCAGGAGGCGACCAAUUUUUACGGGAUCUUUCUCAAAAACAUACAAGAGGUCGACAAAGACCAGCUGCUCCAGGUGGAUUUGAGUAAAAUGAACCAAUUAGGCGUGGUCGACUCAAAUUUAACCGUCGAGUUCAUUACGAAGGACGAGUAUCGAAAGCUGCGCGAAAGGUUGGACCAGCUGGAGCGGGAACUGCAACGAGAAGCCACGAAAAACGGUCAUUUGGAGGAACUGCUCAAAGUUUCAAACGACCAGAUUCGCUCGCAACAGUCGCUGAUAUCGAAGUAUUCCGAGGAGGAAGUGAGUUUGCGUCACUUGGUGGUGGAUCUGCAAAGUACCUCUAAUGAGAAGUACUUGCUGACCAGAACGCACAAGGAAUUGAAUGCUGUCCGUGAACAGGAGGAGCAGCUCAAAGGUGAAAAUGCAAAAAUGAAGCAGAGAUUUUUAGAGAAAUUAGCUGAAGUAGAUACACUGAAACAGCGACUCGAAGAGCAAGAGGAAGACUUUGCCGCUCGGCAGAAGGAUAACGUUCUGAAAAUUAGAUUCCUCAAAAAGAGCUUGCAAAUGCUUACCCAAAAUUACCAUUCUCGUGCACCGACAUUUGCUAUCACAGAGUUUGUGAAACUGUACGCGAAUGUCCUGGAGCUACGUAAAAGCAUGACGGAAGAGCGGAGAGAUCAUCUGAACAGGACACGCGAGGAAGAAUAUGAAAGGUUGUUUGCGAAGAUGCAAGAAACGGUCGAUGGAAACCACAUGCAGGAUAAGAUUAACUUGAUCAAAUUUGAAAGCCAAAGUGAAUACCUCACACGACAGUUAAUCCUCUGCCAGGAACAGCUUGAUCAGUUGCAAACGGAGAACCAGCAGCUUCGCCUUGGCGAGGUCGAAAACACUCGUCACUGGGACACACUGGAGCUGUUAUUCGGAGAUGAUCCGGGCAGGAAACGUAAAGAUAAUGAGCGUUACUUCGACAAGGAGGUGCAAGUGUCCGUUGAAACAUCAUCCAAGUGUAUCAAUACGAUCCCCAUCAUUGAUGACCCUCCGGUGGGUAGACCAAGCAGAAGCUCCUCUGGUGAUACGAUACACGGAACGGACGAUAGGCCAGAAGAAUGUGCGGUAGGCACGGAAACUGUCGAAGAAUCCGUUGGCCAAACGAUCACACAGAAGUCACUCGAGUCGCAAUUGAAACAGGCAAUGAUGCUGGCGUCAACGCGGAGUGCGUUGCUUCUGGAGGCCGAAAGCCGUCUAUCGGAAUACCAGGGUAGGAUAAGGCUACUGGAGAAAUCUCUCGAAGAAAAGACAAGCCUUCUGAAGCAGUAUGAACAGUCCGCUACCACCGAGAAGCAUGAUCGUCACGAGGAUAACAUUCUUAGUGCUACAAUUGGUUCCCUGCAGAAUCUUCUGUUGGAGAAGGACACAACGCUUUCGCGUUAUCAGGAAUUGCUGAAAGCGGAACGUGCGGAACACUCGCAGGUUUACGACGAUAACAUGGCCCAAAUAAGAAAUCUGAAAAAAUCCAUCGAUGAAAUGGAGCAAAAACUGUACGACAAGCAGAAGGAUUGCAACAACCUUCAAGCUCAGGUGGAAGAGCUGAGUCGACAAAAAGCCGAACAGGAGAGUUUACCGGAAAAGCAGUCCAGUGCAGAAGAUCCAACCACCGAUAAGGAGGGACAGCCCGCAGCGGACGGUUUAGUAUACACCGACAAAGUCAUUGAAAACAUUUACGAGAUUGACGAAAAGAAAGAACGCGAGCUGCAAGAGUUGCAAGUGCAGCUGAGAAUGGUCGAGAGUAAUUUGCAGGACACGGAAAACGAACAAAAGCGACUGCAAUUGCUUCUCCGCGAAACGAUGUCCCGCGAGAAAAAGCUGGAAAAGCAGCUCCGUGAAAAGGAGAACGAGCUUGCAUCGGUGAAUGCUCGGCUAUCAAGCGAGACGAACAACGAUUUGCGCGAGUUCAGCGAAACAAUCGCCACUGCGCAGGAGAUUGAGCAGUUGAAGGAGAUGCUGGAGGAAAAAGAUCGCCACAUUCAGGAUCUCACGGACACGCUGUCGCAGUUCCACGAGGAUCAGAGUAACUUCAUGAACGAUACAUCGCUUCAUUCGGCCGAACAGGUAUCGCAGUUGAGUGCCGAUUUGAAUCGUAGCGAAGCUAGCAAUCGUGUGCUGAAAACGCAGAUUGAUGCCCUGAAGAGGCAGAUUGCUAGUGUACAGCAGCGCGAAAAGCAGUCACGCGAACUGGUGAAAACUCUGAAAAAUCAGCUCAUCAAACGGCCCGUGAUAGCGAUGAAGACGGACCGGCUGACGACACCUCGUGAAGAUCAGCUGGCCAGGCGCGUUCAGCAGCUGGAGACGGAACUGCUCGAUGCAAAGGAUGAACUGCGGAAGCAAACGAUGAUAAACGAGAAUCGGCGCGCGAAGACGGCCGCCGAGUUGGAUUUGUGGAACAAACAAAAACGUUGGCAGCAAAUGGCGGAAAGGUUGAAGGGCCAACUGAAAGAGCGGGAAGUGGAGCUAGAAAAGUUGAAAGUACACUUCAACACGGCCAAGACAACGAUCAGCCGUCUAGAGCGCGAUCGUGCUCGAUUGCAGAGCGCUGGGGCGGGAUCGAACGCCUCCGCCGCCGCCACCGCCAUUGGUCCCCAGCAAAUGCUAGACAAUAAGUACCAGGAUGGUUCGGAAUCUCCGGAACAGUCCUGCAGUACGGAUAGUACGGUUUCCGAGAGUACCAGCACAACGACUCACAUGUUCGACGCAAACAGAAAAGAGAUCAUAGAAGCACUCAAGAGUCGCAUCGAAGCGCAGCAGCGGCGAAUAGUGGCAAUGGAGCUGGAACGCAAGGGUUCCAACACUGUGGCACAUGAGCUGGAGAGGAUGCAAGAGAAACUGUGCAGUCUGGAAGCACAGAAUGUUCGGUUAGAGGCGAAAACUCUUCAACUGCAGCUCGAUAACGAUAUGUUGCGACAGAACGAUGAAAGAGACCGGCUUAAGCGUCAAGUGGCCCAUCUGGAAGAGUACAUCAUAUCACUUAAAGAGGAACUUUCCAAAGCCACCGCGGGCUGCCCGGAGACGAUAAAUUUUGAAAACCUAUGCAUACGAUGCAGCCGUCGCAACGGUUCCACCGAACAGGAGGAACGGCGUGCCAAUCUCGAACAAACGGUGCUUACGCUACAACGGAUGAUCGAUAAGCUGCGUGCCGAGAAUAAAUACCUGAAGGAACAUCGAACACGGGAACGUGAACAGCCGAGCAGUGGUGGACAGCAUGGUUCCACGGUGGCGUACGAGCGUCUCAAGAAGGAUCACGAAAAGCUGCAAUCGAGUUACGCGGAGGCACAGAAUAAACUGUCCAUGCAGCAGGUGGAGAUCGAGCUGCUAUCUAGUGUAAGCUGUACACGCUGCAAGGUCCUCUCCGGUGGUGGCGGUGACCUUUCGGCGCCGGUGGGUGGUACCGCGAAUGCGGACCGGCUGGAAGAGCUAAAGGAUAAGCUGGAGAAGAAGAGUCAGCUACUGGAAAAAGCCAAAAUACUGCUGCAGCGUGCGGCGGCCAAGGAGCGAUACUUGAAGGAGCAGAUUGAUCUGCUGCGCCGCAAAUGCUCCGAUCUCCAGAACGUACCCGUAAUCGACGAGAUCAGUGAGUAAU